CUGUCGGUCUAAUACUUCCUGUGUGGAACAAAACACCGCGGUGCAUGCUCCUGAUGUGUCCACUAGCAGAAAUACAAACAAUUCUUAGAGCCACCGCUCUUGAAUGAAAACAUAAAAAUCCAAUCCAAUUUAGGCUAAGCAUUAGGUAAAAUCGAGCUAGUCUUGACACAUUCAACAAUCGGCAGUCUCGAUUUAACAGAUCCGGAUCAAUUGUUUUUAUAGUUGAUACAUUUCGUCCAUAAAAAUGAUGAUUUGAAAUGCUUGAUUUACUUAAAAGUAAACAAAGGGCACACUACCGUUGUAACUUCAAACGUGUGUGUGUGUACAGUUUCUGUGCUUGUUUACAUUUCAUUGGAUAGUUUCUUAUGUUUCAUCAUGCUGGUGAUUUUACGUAGACACACAAGGGGUCUUCCAGAUUUGGGAUUGAAGGCCGUCAUUCAAGCGUAAGAUUUUUGUCAGGGGCGUCACCAUGGUCUUGUAUCUGACUAACACGGGAUGGAUGAAACGAAAUCUCCACAACAUUGUCAUCAUUUCUUUGUUUGGAUUACUGAGGAUAGCAACAGGACAGCAGACAGAUGGAAACACCACGGACAGUUUGAACCCAAGUCUUUCAACAACAACUUUAAGUGAGGAACCAAAACUUUCGGAUAUUUUAAUAUCAUCUGAUGUCCAGGUUGUGUCUAGUGCUGACUCGAAUAAUGAUUAUCUUAGUACACAAUCUGUGUACUAUACAGACACCAUAGCGACAUCUAGUUUUGAAGUUAGCAAAGACAUCAUUACGACAUUUAAUUUAGAAUCUAGUAUUCAGUCUAUUAGCACAGACAUCAUUGUAUCUAAUUUAGAAUCCAGUAGUCAGCCUAACACAAUUAAUAUAGAAUCCAGUAUUAAAUAUAUUAGCACAGUCAUUAUUGCAUCUAAUUUAGAAUCCAGUAGUCAGCCUAACACACUUAGUAUAGAAUCUAGUAUUCAGUCUAACUUAGAAUCUACCAUUCUAUAUUUUACCACACAAUACAUUACGACAUUUAACUUACAAUCAAGUAUUAAAGCUGCUAGCACAGACUUCAUUACGACGUCUAGUUUAGAUUUAAAUGUUCAGCCAAUUAUUACAGAAACUGUUACCACAACUAAUUUCAAUUCAAGCAUUCAGUCUUUUGACACAUACAACUUAACACCAUCUAGUUUAGAAUCCAGCAUGCAAGCUAUUAGCGCAUCCAUUUUUACGACAAUUAGUUUAGAAAGUACUAUGCAACAAACUAAGACAGAUACAAUUACAGCAUUUAGUUUAGAAUCAAAUAUUCAAUCAAUCAGCGAAGACAUUAGUACAACGUUGAGUUUAGAAUCAACUAUUCCUUCGGAUUCCUGUGUGACAUCUAGUAUUGAGCCAAGCGAGAUAACAACUUCGUCUUCCCCAUACAACAGUGACAGCACGUCAACCAUUGACCAACUGACCAUUGAUUCCACUGUGUAUCCAACACAAUUGACCAGUUCUUUGUUCUAUUCACCUUCGACUAUCACCAGCGAUACUGACCUUUGGUCAUCACUCACGAAUAUACAUACAUUGGAGUCAUUCAAUGUGAGUCAUUCACUGGACACUUUACCGGCAAAUAGCAUUUUUAGUUUGGAACCAACACCUCUGACUACUGAUGCAUCACCGCUCGUCUACGACUCAUUCAGUGCACAAAUCACUCAGGGAUUAUCCAGUUCAGGAACCGAAAUAUUUAGCUCGACCACCGCAGACAUCUUAUUAACUGAAGCACAUUCUGAUGUAUCAUCAACUGUUGAGUCUAUGGCAUCACUAUUUCUGACAUCAUCUUUCCUCGAUGUCACGAGCAUUGCAAAGUCUUCCGAUCUUAUUUCCGGUUCCGCUUUGACAGACGUAUCUCUUAUGCCUGAUUCCAGUGUUGACUUGGAGACUACGAUCAGGAUCACCUUGUCUGAGAUGAUGACUGCGUCCAUGACUUCUAUGCUGGAGAUCUCUCCCAUAGAGACAUACGUGAUAGAGAAUGACACCAGUGCAUUGACACCAGGCAUGGAUACAUCUAUAUAUGCCAGUGACAGUGUCAUGUCUCAAAGUAUCACCUUGUCGUUAACAGAUACAUCGACGUUGAUCAACCCAGUACCUAAGUCAUCAGUCCUCGUGACAGACGAUACGGUCAGUCCAGAAGAGACGUGGUCAGAAAGUGUAAGUAUAACUGUCAGUCUCUCUGAUGUCAUGACUGUGAGUACGUCUCUAGUUAGGCCGGACAUGGUGCCCAGUUUGUCUGAUGCACCAAGCACGGACCUUUCCAUUGUGACGAGCAUGCCCAACGAUAUGUCCAGCUCUAGCAUGUUUACUGACCCAUUUCAGUUGACGUUGGUUUCUAGUUUCAGCACACGUUUACCUAUAAUCAGCUUAUCUACGGAACUUGUUGCCACGUUGGACAGUACAAUUUCUUACAGUCCGCCUAUUUACCAUACCACAACUGAAGGAUUAGAUACGUCCAGAAUAGAUAUUCUCUUGGUCAGCUCUAGCAUGAACUUCAUCAGCUCAUUAACAGAACUUCCGGUGACAACAUCAAACAUGGAGGUCUCUUCUUUAUUCGGGAUAUCUACUGAACAGCAAACUUCUUCAGUCCAAACUAGCUCAAUGAAUGACUUUACUGAUGCUUUCAACACGUCGACUGAAAAACUAACUGCAACACUAACGACCUCUAUCAUCAGCUUCCAUUCUGUUUCUAGUCAAUUAUCAGAAGAACUAAUAGUAUUGAACAGCCCAAGUGUUGAUUUUUCUACUGUUUCCAGUACAUACACAGAAACACUAACAGAGGUUAGUUCUUUCGUGGACUUUCCUAGAACAUCUCGUAUAGCUCUAGAAUCAUUUUCCCAAACAGAAAUGGACGACUCAAACACGGGCUUUUCUGGAGUUUCCAGUACGUUCUCGGCAGAGCUCAUGGAAUCAAUUAUAUCGAGUUCAGGAUUUUCUAGUGCUUACAGUUUUUCUAAAGAUGAACGAACAGAUUUCGAUUUGUUCAGUUCUAGCGCGUAUUCCUCCUCAGAAGAGCGUCCUGUGAUCACCAUUACAAAACUUGUGACAGACUUUAUGUCCAACGUGACCAUUAGAUCACAAUCAUUAAGCACUUUGCUAAGUGUUGACACUGACAAUGAAACAGUCCAUCUUGAAGUUACCAGUGACUACGAUUUUACCCAUGAUCUCCACCCAACAACCUUAAUUAGUGAUGUCCACUUCAGUUCCAGCGUGACCAUUUUGGGAGUCGUGGAUACAUGGUACAGUUCAGUUCUGUCUGUAGGAUCAAGUCGUGUGCUAGAACCUACAAGUACUCUGGAAUUGGAUGUCUCCUCAACAUUAUCCAGUUCCUAUAUUCUAUUUGAAGAUUUAUCUAAUGCAUCGCUCUCUUAUACGUCUGCAUCACAAAGUUCGUUAACCAUGCUUGUCUUAACAUCCUUCUCGUAUGCUUCUGAUGCCAUAGCUAACAUUACAUCCGACAUGCGCACAGAUGUGCACCCAGGCGAUGUCGUACUGUCUUCUUCCAACAUUAUCAUCUCGGACACAGUUUCUCCGACACUAACUGAACACUACCUAACACAAAUACUCUCCACGCUGUGGCCUUCGUUUUCAGAGAGUAGUUCUCUCAUUGCAGUGUCCUACUAUUACAGUAGCGUUUCGGCUAUGGAGACGCUGUCUGCGACUUUGGAUGUACCAGUUUACUCUUCUGAAAACGUUUCUACAGAAAUAAAAGCAUCUUGGACAGAUGACAUUUCAGGGACUAGCCAAUUCUUAAGUUUCUCUACUUAUAUUAUACAUACUUCCAAUCUUAUGGACUUUAGUACAAGUUUUCUUACCAGUCGACCAAUCUCAAUUACAUCGGAGUGGUCAUUAGAAUAUUCCGAUCCGGUUCCUUCAUCAGCUGAUGUGACACUAUCUGUAAUAAAUAGCUCACAAUCAACAGUGGAAGAUACACCAGACAGCUUCCUGGUUUCCCCGGAGAUUGUAUCCCCUUCAGUUAAAAGUACGGACAUGAUGUCUGUAGAAACAUUGUAUACGACUCUUGAUUCUUCUCAAGUUUACCAGGACUUGCAAACGCAAGAUAUUAUCACUAGCGGACAAGAUUUUUUUACUACAUUCAGCCACUCAGAAAUUUUUAUGAAUUUUUCUGAUGACAGUAGCUCAAAGUUUGUUCUCAGUAGUAUGCCAUCUUAUACCCCAACUGAAAGUAUGUCUUUGAGUAAGUCAUUGAGUGAGCUUCAGUCGUUGGAAGAAGUCAGUAUUUCUAUCUCAACGUUUCUGAUGUCUUUGUCACCGGAGUCGUCUUCCAGGACAUCGGACUAUAGGGAGUCAUUGACAACUGCUGCAGUAGAGAGUUCUCCAUCGAUUGUAACCAACACCUUCUUCCCUUCUUAUCUAGCCAGUGACGUGUCAGCAGUCCAAGAAUCUUAUCCAACUUCAGUGAAUCAAACAGAAGAAUGGACCAUUUACACUGACCUGAUUUCAUCGGUUGGCCAUCUCCCUUCACAAACUUCUUUGAAUCCUCUAAUUCCACUGACGACUGUUGCUCUUGAUCCAUCGCUGCCUGGCGAAAACUUGACAGUUGCUGGCACAUCAACGCUUUCAGCAUCGAAUCUGUUUGUCGCGUCCAGGACAGAUUUCUCUGAUAGCGAGUCGAUGGUCGAAUCAAUUUCGAGCAUGACAUCCACGGUGCAGUUCGUUUCCACUAUGGCUGAAUACAGUUUAACAACCUCUAUGGUAUCAGUUUUGUCUGUUGAAACUGUUUUAACCUCAAUGCAACCACAUCAGUCAGAGAUAACCUUGUCUUAUAAUGAUACAGACAGCUCCAUCAUCUCAUGGAGUGCUAGUAAAGAGAUACCAUUGGAAUCAUCACAUUUUCUGGAGUCAUCAUACAUAAGUGAUAGGGCAUCCUCAAACAUAAGUGAUUUGACAUCAUACAUAAGUGAUAUGGCAUCCUACACAAGUGAUAUGACAUCAUACAUAAGUGAUAGGGCUUCCUCAAACAUAAGUGAUAUGACAUCAUCAUACAUAAGUGAUAUGACAUCAUACACAAGUGAUAUGACAUCAUACACAAGUGAUAUGACAUCAUACACAAGUGAUAUGACACCAUACAUAAGUGAUUGGGCAUCCUCAAACAUAAGUGAUUGGGCAUCCUCAAACAUAAGUGAUAUGACAUCAUCAUACAUAAGUGAUAUGGCAUCAUACACAAGUGAUAUGACAUCAUACAUAAGUGAUAUGACAUCAUACAUAAGUGAUAUGACAUCAUCAUAUAUAAGUGAUAUGACAUCAGCAUACAUAAGUGAUAUGACAUCAUACACAACUGAUAUGACAUCAUACACAAGUAAUAUGACAUCAUACACAAGUGAUAUCAUAUCAUACAUAAGUGAUAGGACAUCCUCAAACAUAAGUGAUAUGACAUCAGCAUACAUAAGUGAUAUGACAUCGCAUACUUUCAAUGAUUUGUCAUCAUUAGUCUCAUCACCUUUCCCAGAAGGCACAAGCGCUUUCACAGAAUACAUAACAUUCCACAUCUCAACUGACACAAGUUCUGUGACAAUGUCUGACAUCACACUAUCUACAUCACUGACAUCUGAUUACUUCAGCUCUUUGAAUACUUCAUCUGUCUCCUUGUACCCAACUGUUCAGGAUUCAUCCUAUUAUACCUUGUCAGAAGUAUCUACUAGCAAGUCUUUGUUCCCUGACUUACUGACAUCUAGCUUCACUAUUCAAUCAAUUUGGCCUUCUGUCAAUUGGACAGACACGUCAGUGGGCAGCAUGUCUUCAUCCUUAAGUGAUAUAACACUAACCUUCAGUAACAGUAUAUCAGAAUCCUUGAACUGGUCCAUUUCUACUGGAGGAUUUAUUGAACCAACACUGACAUAUACAGAUUCCAUUAGUACCACAGAAGUAGUCAUUCAGAAUAGCUCUUCUUUGCUAAUUGUCACCUCAGUUACAUCAGAGUUCACAUUGUCCCCAACAACUUUGUCCUCUGUUCUGCCCAGCUCAUCUAUUAUACCAACUGUACCCCCAACCACAGGACCAACAGUGCCUAAUAUAGAGAACAGCAAGAACAAGACAGAAUUUUGGGUUGUCACAAAGUUCAAAGUCAGACCAAGUGUUGAUAUACAGGCUAGAGAAUUCAAGAAUGGCUUAGAGAAAGGACUGGCCAAUGCUUAUGCUCUCUCAAAAAUAAGAAACGAGGAGAAAAUUAAUGGCACUUAUGUCCCUUUGAAAAAGAGAAAAAGAGCUUCAGUAUCAGACAUGGAUAACACAGUUCAAGUUGAGAUUGUCUCCCUUACAAGACCUGACACAUUGACAGUUGAUGCCACCUAUGUUGUCCAGGAAAAUGGCCAAAUAGUUCCAGCUCAGCAAGUUUCAGACCAACUAAAUCUUUUGUCCAGUCAAGAGAUGGCUAUACAGACAGGUCAAGUGGUUACCCAGACUGCUCAACCCUACAUAACAGCAGCCAGCAGUGAAGACAACACCAAGUGGAUUAUAUUAGGAAGUGUGCUUGGUGGUGUGCUGGUCCUGGCUAUUUUCUUCUUCAUCUUAUGCUGUUGCUGUGGGCGUUGCUGUCAAGCCAAAGGGAAAGACAACCAAGUAGCCAUGGAGGCAGUGAAGACUUAUGUUAGUGAUGAGCCUGCUGCUAGAAGAAAGUCUUUUGCAUUUGCAUCUAAAAAAGGCAAAUAUUCUGUAUCCACUGAGAAGGAAGAUGAUGAUCCACUCUAUGCAUCUAUAAAGCCAAGCAUGAAAGCAAACAAGAAAAAGGCUGUAACACAACCAGCAGAAAACAACCAAGAAGAAACUGAUAUGGAAGAAAAACCUGGCAAAAAGAUACGUCAAAAUACACCUCAAAAGAAGAGAAGAAAGAAAGCUUUGGAUACAAAUGAAGAGUUACGAUCUGUUUAUGAAAGUCAAAUGGCCAGCCUGCAGACCAAAACAUUCUCCAGUGAAGAAUAUACACUCACCUCCCAACCCACUGUAGAGGAAGAAGGUGAUCUGCUUGAAAAUGCAGAAGAAGAAAGAAAGAAAAACAAACAGAGGCUGAGAGAGAAGAAGAAAUCUGAGCAAGGAGCUCUGUCUCACCCUGCCAACUUAACCACCAAUGUUUAUGAGAGUGCCCAGCGUGAGAUUGAUAAAGUUUUGGGUCCUAGACUUUCUCAUGAUAGCGAAGAUGGUCAUGAGAAAAAACAAGAGAAAAAGAGGAAAAAGAAAGCAAAGAAGGGUAAAGAGAAUGAAGCCUUUGUUCCAGAUGAGCCAAAGGGGGAGACAUUGGAGGAAGCAAGGGAGAGAAUGCAUAAACUGCUGGAUGAUGCUUUCUCUUUGAUUUCUCACAGCAAAUCAAGUAUUAGCAACAAAGUUCAACCAGUUGACAGCAGUGAUGCAUACAGCAGUUCAACAUCAAAAUACAACACACCCAGGCAAGACCAUUCAGUGCAAGCAGAUCUUGAUUCUUCAGCAUCUGAAGAAAAGAAACACACUCCUAUAAAUGUCCAGCGCACACAUGAGCCGUAUGACAGCAGUGGAUUGAUUACCUGGAGCCCUUACAGAGCCUCAGAUGAAAUUGCCACCAUUUCCUUACCUAGCACUCAGACAAAUUUGAGCAGUCAGCCACCUCAGCAAGAAAAACUAACAACAUCAACGUUUGUUGAAACUGCUCCAUCGAGAAAAAACUCUUAUUUAGCUACAGAACCCGGCAAACCAAUUGUUAUCAAAACAAAGAACUUUGAGGACAGCUUGCCACCACCUGGACCCCAGAAACAUAAGGGUUUUAAUGGAAACCCUGCGCAGCAUAGUUCUGACAUAAGAACAAGACAGGAAACAUUUCAGAACCCAGUCUAUGAAAACACUUUACCAUUAAGAACAAUGGAGACCUACUCUGAGCCUUACCAUGGUUUGGCCUCUUACCAGGACCUGCCUGUAUCUCAUUUGGCUGGUAAGGUCAGCAAUGGAAGACCUCAUGUAAGGCAAAGUGCCUGGCAGGAGGAGAGAAGUAAGCUGGCUGAUAUGGCGCCUCUGUCUUUAAAUGCCAGCCCCAGAGACGUUAUUGAUGUGCGCAGCCACACAGGCCCACAGCAUGGGGAGAAGAAACAUUUUGAUGAAGUAGAUGUGAUUACAGAGAGCCUACGUCCUGGAGCCUCACCACAGCCUUUGAUUAACAGCCUUCGGGAUGAGCUUCAAAGCUUGUCCAGUAAGAGACAGACUGGGCCCACUAAACACACAAACCAGUCAGGAGAUAGCGAGACAAAAAGGCUCAAAGACUAUUUACCAAGCCAGCUAAAUACAUCUCAAGCAGAGAGUGAGUCCAGUUGGGGCUCAAUGCAUAGAAACACUAGUAAGGUGUAGAAAGGGCAGACAUAUCUCUAUGUAGGUGACCAUGUUUAUUGGAUGGGUCUUUAAGUUUUAAAAACAAAUAUAUUGUGUAACAUCUCUUUACAACUUUUUUUUUGAUUAAUUAGGCCUAUGCUUCUUUAUUUUGAAGAUUUUUUUUAUUUAACUUGAUUAAUAUUUUACAUGUUAAAACUUACAGCUUUUAUAAAUGCUGUUUGUAUUGUUAUAAACUCAAGUGCCUUAAUCAUUGUCAAUGUGUUUUCAGUUUUACAUAAUAAAUGAUCAUCUAAAUUAGACUUUUUUUUGUCUUUUAUAAAAAAACAACUUUAUGAAGUAUAAUUUUUAAUUUGAAAUUAAGUUUUGUCUGGGAUAAAAUGUUUUUUAAUAAAAUAACUUACAAUGAAUUAUUAGGAACAAUUCAGAAAAUUUUUAGACUAAAUCAAUUUUUUUUUCUUCUAUUUAACUUCUUAAAGCCUUAAAGUGUUUUCACUCCUGUUCAUGUUAUUCAACUCAACCGUCCAUAACAUUAAACGUCUGCUAUCAUUUCAGCAACGACUGCUGUAUAUUUUAUUUAACAUAUCAAUAUUUCUAUCUACAAAGACUUUAUUCAAGAUGCAGUGGUGACAUGCAAUUAGUGUUUCAAUGUGAAUGCUAGAUCUAUUAUUAUUAAUUAGCUUAAACUAGAAAGUAGGGAGCUAUUUUUUCUGUUGUAUCAAUUUUCCUGUUCAAGUUUUCAAUAAAACCUUUCAUUACAAAAUAAGCAUAAUAAGUUUUGAAUAAAGGUUUUAAUAAUAGUAAACAAACAAACAAGAAUUUUAGCUCUUAUAUUAGCUGUAGUUCUAAGUGGAAAAAAGUUCAAAAGAGAUAUAGCAUUAAUAGUUUUGGUUUCCCAUUGUGUUAAAUAUCUGGAUUUGAAUAUUUAUAAUACUGUACAAAAGAAAUUGAAAAUCACAGUUUAUUGACUAUUUGUGACUGACUGUUAAAGACUGGAGUACCUGAUGGUUUGUUAUCUCCUCAAUGCUAUAAAUGUCAAUGAGCCUAAAGCUAGAGAGCCAAUGUAGUAGAUCCAUGAAAAUAGCCAUGUUUUAUACAAAGGAAAACCAUUUCUUUAUUAUGUCUAUGCUUAUAUUAUAUCUUUUAUGUUCUCAAUAUGAGUUUUUGAAAACUGUAAAGGAAAUUCUCUAAGUAACUCAUUCUUUAAAAUACUAUGUACUGUUUUAAAUAAUGUUGAUCUUGGCAAAAUAAUCAGAGACCAGUUUAUCUUUGACCAAAUGUGUAUGUUUUGCCUAAAUGUGAUUAUGUGUCAUAAUCUAGCAACCAUUUUGUUUUGGUCAAUCUGGAGACGAAGUGACACACAUUUAUUAUGAAGGAAACGAAACAAAGUGUCUCACUUUUCAGAUUAAGUGUCACCUAAAUGUUUCACUGUUGUAAAAAAACACAAGAAUUCUGAUCUAAAGGACUGAGUGAUCAUUGUACUUCUUCUCAUAUGUAUUCUUCAGUUUGUAUGUAACUCAGAACAUCCUUUAGUAUGAAACAGAUUUAGUUACACAAAGCCUCUGUGUUAUUAAUAAUUUUAUCUGACCACAUUACCCACACUUACAUUAUUUUGAUAUAUUCUAAGUACUUACAUUUUUAAUAUUUUUUUCUAAAAUAAAGUUUGUUUUUAAUAAUUCUGAUAUGAAAAGAAAGUAUCUUUUAGAUUUGGUAUAUGCACUGCAACUAAAAUUUCAUUUUGAAAUGGGCUUUCAUUCACAUCUCAGCAUUGCCUUGACUAUUGUCACAUUUCUACUUUUUGACAAACUAUGACUAUUUCACAUUCCAUUUAGCAUUGAGUUAGAAAUAUCAGUUAUGUACACAUUUUUUUCUUAAUUGUUUAGUCCAAUGUUAAUAUCAAGCAGUUAGAAACUUAGUCUGAUUAUUGAAGCUAUACAUAAUGCAUCUGAUGAUCCAGUUCUCAGGAUGCAAUUCCAUUAGAGAUCAAAGUUUUUAAUCUAAUUCACCCAUCGCAAAUCAGAGGUCUGUAAUCAGUGAGUGAAAUUACAUGCACACUGAGAGUUUGUUGACCACAUAAAAUCCUUUUUUUUUUUU